ACACGAAAGGUUGCCGCCGUCGCCAUGUUUCUGAAUGAGAUUAGCCCAAAACAUUGAAUAGUCACCAGCAAUAUCGAUAUUUUAUUUUUUCGCCUAAUAGCUUUUGUUAUAGCUCGUGUGUUUUUGUAAAUAUGACUUAGGAUUUAUGAAACGAAUACAGAGGCUUCAUUCCCUGUAAGUAACCUCGAUUAUUUUACUUAGGCAUAGUAACAGUGUCACGCAAUGCACCAUGGAAGUGGAUCACAGAAUAUGCAACGGCAACUCCAGAGAUCCAAGUCUGUCAGUGGGUCUGAGGCAGAAGAGCAGCAGCAGCAGCAGCCAACCAUGGCAGCUACUCAGCAGCAAGCUACAGCUAACCACCCCCAAUCUCCUGUGACCACAUUUACCUCUGCAGCCAGCCCUUCAGCCCCCCAGUCCCCUAAUUACCAGAUAAUAAUGAGUCGCAGUCCUGUCACUGGCCAGAACAUGAACAUCACCUUACAGAAUGUGGGUCAGAUGGUGACUGGCAACCAGCAGAUCACCCUAACCCCACUCCCUAUCCAGAACCCAGCGUCCCCCGGGUUCCAGCAUACUACCCCUCAAUGGAGGUUUGAGCAUGCUUCAUCCUCCUACAUUCAGGUCACCUCACCUGUACCCCAGCCCAUGCAGCCUCAGAGUCCUACCCAGCACAGUCCAGUCCCACUGCAGGGAGUGACACGACCAGGAGCCCCUGCAGCAGCAUUGGGUGUGUGUGGACAGAGUCCGACACGUUUUGUUGAGGCUGGCAUGUUGGUGCGGCAAAUCAGCUUGGGCAGCCCAUCUGGAAGUAGCCACUUUGUGUAUCAAGAAGGGCUUGCCCAGCUUGCUCCAGCCACACCUGGCCAGGUACAGCUGGCCUCCCCGGGAGCACCAGGCUCUGUGAGGGAACGCAGGCUCUCUCAGCCCCACUCACAAACUGGAGGCACCAUCCACCACCUAGGACCUCAAAGCCCUGUGGCUACUGGCACUGCUCUGCCCACUCUGAGCAGCCCUGGCCACAUCACCACUUCCAACCUACCUCCACAAAUCAGCAGUAUCAUUCAAGGACAGCUGGCACGCCCUAUGAUAUUUGAGAAGACUCCACAGGGUGUUGUUACUGGAGUAGGAACAGCUGCCACAGCAUCAUUUAGUAUACCCACCUCCAUUCCACCUUCCAGCCCAUCCCUCACUAAUCCUCCACAAGGGAUUCCCAACAACCCUCUCACACCCACCAGUAUGGUAGUGGGCACCAUGAAGAAGCAGACACCCAAGAAGUUAGAGGAAAUUGCCCCCUCCAACCCAGAAGUUGCCCAGCUGAGGAAACAGUGCUUAGAGCAUCACACCAAGAAGAUGGAGAGCCUGAAGGAGGUGUUUAAAGACUAUCUCAUUGAGCUUUUCUUUCUCCAGCACCUCCAGGGGAACAUGAUGGACUACCUGGCUUUUAAGAAGAAGCCCUGUGUUCCCUUGUAUACCUACUUAAGACAAAAUGACUUGGACCUUGAAGACGAGGAAGAAGAAGAAGAACAGUCUGAGGUCAUUAAUGAUGAGGUGAAGGUUGUCACUGGAAAGGAUGGGCAAGCAGUGACACCAGUUGCCAUAGCAACGCAGCUUCCACCUAAUGUUUCUGCAGCUUUCUCUGCCCAGCAGCAGUUUCAGGGUCAUGCAGGGGCUGCUGCUGGCACUAUCUCAAACCCAGGAGACAUGGAUGCCUUUAAGAGGCAACAGGCUAUGGUGCAAGCAGGCGGGAUGCCGCCAACUCCCCAGGCAGUCCAGAUUGCAGGACAGAAGCAGAACCAGCAACAAUAUGACCCGUCCAAAGGGCCACCAGUCCAGAAUGCUGCCAGCCUGCACACUCCACCCCCUCAGCUGCCGGGCAGGCUGCCCCAGGGUACCCUCCCCAUGCCAGGCUUGCCCAUGGCUCUCUCCCAGCAGCCUCAGCUAGUGGAGAGUACAGUCCAUCCAGGUGGUCAGCUGCAGGCCCAGGUGAAGGUGCAGGCCAGUGGAUCCAUCCUGGCUCCAGUCAACCCCCACACUCAGCUCCAGGCCCAGCUCCAGCAGCAGAUGCAGCCUGGCCUUCACCUGCAGAUGCAGGCUCAGCAGCAGCAGUCCCAGGCGAUGCUGCAGUCAGGACAAGCGACGGUUGCCCUUGCUCGCCCUGGUACAGAGUCAAACCAGCCUGUCCAGAGGAUCAUGACCAACUCUUUACCCAUGUCGUCCAUGUCUUCUGCCACCCUCUCUGCUCCCAACUCUGUUCCAUCCCCACACACUGCGAGCCCUCACCGCCCCCCUGGCUCUAACAUCAACCCAGGCACCCAGUCCAAACUGGCUGGGACCAAUGGUAUAUCUGCGGUCAAAAUUGGAGGCUUUGGUCAGAGUGCAGCUAUGCAGUCCUCACAGGACGGGUCCCAGGAUAAACAGGUUGAGCAGGCCAAAUUGGAGACCCAGGUGCAUCAGCGCAUCUCUGAGCUGAGGAAGGAAGGCCAAUGGUCAGCCAGUAGGCUGCCUAAGCUCAUGGAGGCCUCUCGUCCAAAGUCUCACUGGGACUACCUGUUGGAGGAGAUGCAGUGGAUGGCGGCUGAUUUUGCCCAAGAGAGAAGGUGGAAAGAGGCUGCUGCCAAGAAGCUUGUUCGUACCUGUGCCCGUUAUCAUCAAGAACAGAAGAAAAGUGAAGAGAGAUCAAAGAAAGAGGAGGAAAUUCAUCUUCGUCACAUUGCUAGCACAAUUGCUCGGGAGGUGGAAUUCUUCUGGUCUAACAUUGAACAGGUUGUAGAAAUUAAACUCCAAUUUGAAAUCUAUGAGAAGAGACUGAAAGUGCUCAGCCUACAGAAAGCUUCAGGAUCUGCUCCCUUCCCAGGAGAGAAACCUGACAAAGAGGAGCCAACCACUUCAGCUAAGAAAAGAAAAUUCACCUCAUCUUUGGCUGAUGAAGAAGUCCCAGAUGAAGAGAGUACUAUAGAGGAACAGGAAACCAUGGAGGAUGAAGCAGACCACAAGGCAGAGUUGGCUGACCUGGCCAAAGAUGCUGAGAUGCCUCUGGAUGCUCUGGUGAAGCAGUAUGCUGGCGCCUAUGCUGACAGCUUUCAGUGGCCUCAGCCCAGUCUUCAAAGUGAUGAAGAUGACAUGGAGGAGACAGAAGAGACUGAGUGUCGUGAGGGCAGUUCCCAUGAGGCAGUGGCGAUUGACUCCCUGCUCAGUGUGGACCAGUACCGUGGGGCCGACAAGGCCAGCUCUUCUGACACUGAUGGCAAGUCCAUCAGAGACAUAGCUGAAGUGGCUGCUUCCACAGAGCUCAUUCUGCCCAAGGGCAGCGCCAGGACCACCUCCUCUACUCGCAGCCCAGCUCCUUUUCUACUGCACGGUUCGCUGCGAGAGUAUCAGCAAAUUGGUGUCGACUGGCUGGCAAACCUUCACAAGAAACACCUCAAUGGCAUACUAGCUGACGAGACCGGCCUUGGCAAGACUGUCCAGACUGUGGCUUACAUGGCCCAUUUAGCUGGCCAAGAGGGCAUCUGGGGACCGCACCUCAUUGUGGUGAGGACGUGUAAGUUGCUGAACUGGGAGAUGGAGUUCAAGCGCUGGUGUCCUGGCCUCAAGAUCCUCUUGUAUUUCGGCAACAGACGGGAGCGCAGAUCUAACAGAAUGUGGUGGGCAGAAGCCAAUAGCUUCCAUGUAUGUGUGACAUCCUACAAGCUGCUGCUUAAGGACCAGAGCCACUUUCUGAGGAGAACGUGGCGGCAUCUGGUCCUGGAUGAGGUGCAGCAUAUCAAAAACAUGACAGAGAAACACUGGGAAACCAUCUUUGCUCUCAGAAGUGAGCAGAGGAUUCUACUCAUCAACACCCCGCUACAGAAUACCCUCAAGGAGCUGUGGACCAUGAUUCACUUUCUUCUGCCAGGAAUCACCAGGUCCUAUUUGGACUUUCCUGUCAAGGAAGGCACAGACCAGAACCAGGACUACUGCCAUAAAUUGGUCAUCCGUCUGCACAGGAUGAUUCAGCCCUUCAUUCUGAGGCGCUCCAAAAGGGAUGUGGAGAAGCAGCUGCCGAAGAAGUACGAGCACAUCCUCAAGUGCCGUCUGUCCAGCAGACAGAAGAGCCUUUAUGAGGACAUCCUUACACAGCCAGGAGCCCAGGAGGCCCUGAAGACAGGUCAUUUUGUCAGCGUGCUUCAGGUCCUGAUGCAGCUGCAGCGGGUGUGUAACCACCCUGACCUGGUGGCUCCCAGAGAGACCAGCAGCUCCUACUACUGCUCCUCUCUGCAGUACAACACCCCAUCACUGGUGCUUGGAGCAUUGCAGACAGACCCAUGGAAGACGGUGGACCUGUCAAUAUUUGACCUCAUUAGCAAUGAGAACAGACUGACAGCCUAUAAGACAAAGGAGGCGGUCCCUAAACUGAAGAUGACACAACAGCUCAUAGAGGAGAUCUACUCUGCUCCUGAUCCACCUACUCGGCCCAAACCAUGCAAGAUUAAACCGAUGAAGCUGUUCCAGCCAGUGCAGUAUGGGACAAAGCCAGAAGGUCGCCUGGUAACCCUCACCAGUGGUGUAGGCCAGCGUCCGCCAACCACAAUGUCAGCCACUACCACCACCAGCCAGCCAACCCAGAGCAGGGGCAAGUCCCCUGUCACCACUACAACAACAACGACCGCUUCUCAGGCGAUUGGAACAGCUACUCAGAGAGCCCAGACUACCUCUCCUGUCAGCAGCAGCAGCAGCAACAUUGCCACCUCCUCUCUAGCCUCCUCUGGGAGCAGCGGCCUUGGGCAGCAUGUGUUGGGGGCUGCCCCUGUGGCCCUGGGCCAGACUCUGGCUGGCACGGUUGUGGGCUCUAUGACUCCCAUCAGCCAGCCUGGCAUAGCGCAGGUCCCCAGGCCAGCUCUAGCCCCCAGCCAUGCCAUCCAGCCCAGCUUACUGUCCCAGAGGCUGGUUCUUACAUCCCAGGCCCAGGCACGGUUGCCUAGUGGAGAUGUGGUGAAGAUUGCCCAGCUGGCCAAUAUAGCUGGCAGUCAGAAUCGUAUCUCCCAGCCAGAGACUCCCGUCACACUGCAGUUCCAGGGCAACAAGUUCACGCUGUCCCCCAGCCAGCUCCGCCAGCUCACAACCGGCCAACCCUUGCAACUUCAAGGCAAUAUCCUGCAGAUUGUGUCAGCGCCAGGGCAGCAGAUCCUCAGGCCUCAGGGCUCCAUGGUAAUGCAGACAGUACCACAAGCUGUGCCCGUCUCCAACUCCUCCUCAGCUACACCAGGCACACCUCAGCCUGCCACAUCCACUGCCCAGCCAGCCAUGGGUAUGUCUACAAAUGCCACAGCAGUAGCCUCAAAGCCCACUGCUGCAGCUCCUGCUGCCCCCCAGGAGUCUUCAGAGGAGAAGACCCAGCAGGUCAAGGAGCGCCUGAGCCGCCUGUUCGAAGCCAAUGAGCGCCGCUGCAGCCGCUGGGUGCUGUAUGGAUUGGACCUGGUGCAGGCAUGCACCGUGAGCUCAGAGCCCAGUCACACAGCUCUGACUGCCGGAGGCUGGAAGUGGGUGGGAAGGGAGAGCUGUCUCAGGGCCCAGAGGACCUGCAUCGCCACCACCUCUACACUGCAGUCCACACUGCUGUCUGUGGAGCAGCGCCUGGAGGCUGCCAACAGCCUUGUCAAGAGACUGUCAUGUGUGGUGCCUGCUGCUGUAGCCCUCCCUCCUCACCUGUAUGCAGCUAAUCCCCCAGUUCCCUACAGCCUCGGGAAGAAAUCGUUUGGCCGUAGGGUUCAGGAGGCCGCUGCCCCCCACACCACUGAGAUCCAUCGGCUGGCAUCUAGACGCCUCUUACACUUUCCUGACCUGCAGCUAAUGCAGAUGGAUUCAGGCAAAUUGGAGGCCCUGGCCAUUCUGCUCCAGAAGCUGAGGUCAGAGAACCGCCGUGUGCUCAUCUUUACUCAGAUGAUGAAGAUGAUGGACAUCCUGGAGGCCUUCCUAGACCACAGGCAGCUCACCUAUGUGCGGGUAGAUGAAAGCCUCACUCCUGAGGAACGACAGGAAAACAUGAAGAGGUUUAACAGGAACAGGCAGGUGUUCUGCAGCAUCCUGACCAACCGCUGCUGCUCUGCGGUGGGCUCCGUGUUUGAUGCUGACACUAUCAUAUUCUACGACACCGACCUCAACCCAAGCAUGGAUGCCCGCACCCAGGAGUGGUGUGACAAAAUUGGACGCUCCAAAGACAUACACAUAUACAGGCUGGAGAGUGGGAACUCCAUUGAAGAGAAGCUGCUGAAGAAUGGCACCAAGGACCUGAUCAGAGAGGUGGCUGCUCAGGGCACUGAUUACACCCUGGCUUUCCUCACACAGCGCACAAUCCAGGAUCUGUUUGAGGUAGAGGCAGGCUCAGGGGAGAAAGUGGAGGAAUUUGUGGUGCUGCACCAGGAGCCAUCACCCUCUGAGGCCAUCUCUCCCCGAGUAGCUAGACCCUACAUUCAGGCACUCCACAGCAUCAACCUGGACUCCCUGCCUGAGCAGCAGCAGCAGCAGCAAGAGUUAGACGAGAAGGUUGAAUGCAAGGAGGAAGUAGAUGAGCAUUUGGAGAAGGAGAGGCAGGUUAAGGAAGAGCCUGCUCAGAUAGAAGAGCUCAAUGCAGUUAUGGAACAGCUCACACCGAUUGAGCGGUAUGCUCUGCAUUAUCUUGAGUACCUUCAUGUCAGUGACGACGAGAGCAUUCUCAAGGAGCGAUUGGAGUGUGCAAAGAGAGGCUGGGAGCUGCAGCAGCUGCAGAAGUUAAAGACUGAGAAGGAGGAGAGACAAAUCAUUGAGGGAGAUGAAGAUCUUUUCACCUACACCAGAGAGGAUGCCUACAACAUGGAAUACGUAUUUGAUGCAGAAGAUGGCCACACUGAAAUAAUGCCGCUUUGGACUCCACCCACGCCACCACAGGAUGACAACGACAUAUACAUUGACUCUGUGAUGUGCCUGAUGUAUGACACCACACCCAUGCCAGAGUCCAAACUGCCUCCUAUCUACGUCCGUAAGGAGCACAAGAGACUCAAGAUGGACCCCUCAGCAGUAGCCAGGAAGAAGAAGAAGGGCCACGGGGAGACGGUCAUUCCUCCGCGCUCCCUCUUUGAAAAGGCCAGCAUGCUUAAAGUUCGCCGCGAGGGCAAGGACCAGAAAAAGAACUUCUCCCUCAAGCAGCAGGCGCCCUUUGCCAAGCCUCUGCCCUCUCUGGUUAAGCCAGCCAUGGAGGCCGGCCAGGACAACCCAGAGUGGCUCAUCAGCGAGGACUGGGCUCUGCUUCAGGCUGUGAAGCAGCUGCUGGAGCUGCCUCUGAACCUGACAAUUGUAUCUCCUGCGCACACCCCGAACUGGGAUCUUGUGAGUGAUGUGGUCAACUCCUGCAGCCGCAUCUACCGAUCACCCAAACAGUGUCGCAGCCGCUACGAGAAUGUCAUCAUUCCCAGAGAAGAGGGCAAGUUGGUGUAUGAGGCUAACCCCAAGAAGAAAACCAAGAGUAUAUACAAGUCAAAGAACAGCCGUCCCCUACGGACCUGUCAGAUCUAUACACAGGAUGACAACGCCUCUCACAUUCAGCUAUACAAUAGCCGCUUUGAACUCAUGAAGAUCAUUGCCAGUAAGAGGAGCCCACCCAUCAAACCACUGCUGGGCAUGAACCCAUUCCAAAAGAACCCCAAACACGCCUCCGUCCUUGCAGAAAGUGGGAUCAGCUAUGACAAGCCGCUGCCUCCCAUUCAGGUGGCAUCUCAGCGAGCUGAGAGGAUUGCCAAGGAGAAGAAGGCCCUUGCAGAGCAGCAGAGAGCUCAGCAGCUGGCCCAGCAGCAGCAGGCUGGAGCCCCACAGGCCCAGGCAGCACCCGGCCAGGCCCAGGCCGCCGCGGCUGGCCAGGCUCAGGCACCAGGGGUUCCACAGGCUGCCGCGGUGGCUGGAGCUGCUGCUGUGCCCAAUGCAGCCGUUCUGGCAGGAGCCAUAAAAAAUGCCACUGUAGGCACAACCAUCCAGGCUGCUACUGUUGGGGGCAACGUGAUUGUGAACACAGUGGCUGGAGUUCCUCCAAGCCCCUUCCAGGCCAACAAACGCCUGGCAUCUCCAGUCAUACCAGGCACCCUGUCUCCUGCUGGUGCAGCAGGUGCCCAGGUGGUUCACGCUCAGCAGAGGGCCGUACCUGCUGCAGCUGCCCCCACUGAGGUUGUCGCUAUAGCCACAGGCCAGGGUGUCCGAGCUGUUACCCCAGUGACGGCAUCUGCGGUGGUCUCUACCACUCUGAGCCCUCAGGCACAGGUCACUGGUCGCUCACUGGUCACUCAGGUCACACCAGCCCCAGGCAUGCAGCUGCCUCAGAGCAAGCCUUUCAACCAGGCCCACCUCCAGAUGCUUCGCCAGCAGCAGCUCCAGCAGCAGCAGCAACAGCAACAGCAGCAGCAGCAGCAGCAAGCUGCCUCACCACAGAUCAAAGCUGUGGGCAAACCCCAGGAGCUGUUAAAAAUGCAGAAGCAGAAGCUGCAGCAGCAGCAACAGCAGCAGGUGGCAGCAGCAGUGGCAGCAGCAGCAGCUCAGGGCCAGCAGGCUGCAGGGGCCCAGCAGGCUGCCCAGGUGCAGUCUGCUCAGGCAGCCCAGGCCAACCCCCAGCUGGCAGCAGUGGCGGCUCCCAGACCUGGGGCCGUGCUGACUGGCGCCACUGUGACCAACCUUCAAGUGGCCAGGCUGACUCGUGUACCCACGCAGGGUCAGAUCCAGGCCCAGGCAGCACAGACAGCCCAAGUAACUCUCACCAAGCCUCCAGUGGUCUCUGUGCCAGCUGUGGUGUCGUCUGCUGGCGUCACCACCCUGCCAGUCACUGUGGCAGGCCUCAGUGUAGCGAUCGGCCAGGCACAGAAAACUGGUGGGCCAGUGCUGACGCCGCCCUUCCCCCAGAUGCAGGUUCAGCAGGUCCAGCAGUUCCUCCAGAUGAAAAAGCAACAGCAGCAGGCAGCUGUCCAGGCAGCAGCCGCAGCCCAGCAGAAAGCAGGGCAGCCACAGCAAGGACAGGCCACGGUCCAGCAGAAGAUUGGCACCCAGCAGGUGACAGUUCAGGCGGCCCAGCCAGCCCAGCAGCAGCAGCAGAAAGUAACCUAUGCUGCCACCACCCAGCUUCAACCAGGAAUCAAGACCCAGUUCUUCACUACCCCCAUCGCCCAGGCUCAGAAAGCCACUGGAGCGCAGCAGAUCCAGGUGGCUAAGCUCCCACAGAUAGUGCAGCAGCAGCCCACUGUGGCCAAUAUUCAGCAAAUUGUGUCUUCUCCCCAGCAGAUUCAGGCCCAGCCUCAGACAGUGGCGUUGACCCCAGCAGCCACGUCGGCCCCUGCUCAGGUCCAGAUGAUCCCCGCUGGGACGGCGACAGCCCAAGUGGUCCAGCAGAAGAUCAUCCAGCAGCAGGUGGUGACGGCAGCAGCCACUUCACCCCAGAUCCAGACCCCUCCUCCCCACAGCCCUGCCCAGCAGCCAGCGGCGCCUCCCGCUGCCGAGUCCCCGGUGCAGCAGCCCGCUCAGCCUCAGCAGUCCACCAAGAGUCAGGCUCGCCAGGGCGGCAUGAGGGCCAAAGCCCCUGCCAAGCCCAGCGGUGGGACCAGCUAGAGGGGGCUCAAGCGAAACUGGCUAACUGGCAUUAGUACACUCAAAGAAAGUCUACACCAUUUGAUCCAGUACAGAUGUAGCUGUACUGGAUCAGCAUCGUCACUUCAGAACUCAUUUGAGGAAAUGUGGAAUGUUCUUUGAAGAUUAUCACAAUCUUACUCAAAUUCAUCUCCACCCUUAUUUCAGAUCUACUGCCCAACACAACAUCAUCAUCAUCAGAUCAGAGAGCGAUAUCUGUCAUGCCUUCAAAUUGAUGAUUAUAAUGUUAUCACUCCAUAGAUAUCCUGUUGCCAGGGCCUAUGGGUAAUUCUGCCUUGGGGAAUGAACAGUCCAUUAGAAUAAGUGUAUUCAUCCAUAGUCCCUUUUAUGAUGUCUGUAAUUCCCUUGUUGUUUAUAGAUAUUGAAUGGAAAAUAAUGCACGUUCCUUUAGUCAUUCAUUUAUGUUUUUUUUAUUGUAACAAAUACACUGUAAACAUGUACUUUAGUAUUUUGUGUUUUCUCAUAAAUGUCUUUUUUUUAUUGAUGUCAAAGAAAAACACCUGUAAAUAACAAUGGAAAACAUUUGUACUUGUAAAGUAGUUGUGUUUUCAUUGGAUUUUUUCAGCCUAAUUGUAAUAAAGUGUUUUGUUUUUAUACACAAAUUCACCUUUCCCUUUCAUCUUUCAUUAAAUCCCUCGUGAGUAA